UUGAAGUCCUGUGGAUAACGGCAAUAGACGUAGAUACUAUAUAUGUCACAUAGAUCGACGCCGCCAUGCCGCCGAAACCUUGAUCCAGGUCGACCUCUGAUAUACUUAAUGGUUGAUCUCUCAAGGUCAAGGUUCAUUCGAUUUUAAAUAAUGUCCGAAUCCCAUAGUCUCAAAAGUUUCGGAGACGAUAGCGGAAUUGCAUGUAACAAAUUCACUUUGCGACAUGUUUGGGUGCGUUAAAUAUUGAAUUAUAAGCACGUCGAGUCACGUUUUACAUAUCUUAAAGAGCUUUUAAAGGGUAUACAAAUUACAAAUCAAGUUUUCGACCUCGACGUUACCCAGGGAUGAGAUAUGUACAUAAUUGGCUGAAUAUAAAACAAUCGCUACUUUGUUAGAACUGUUUGCUAGAUGUUAUCUUUAUCAUCGUUAUAAUUUAAGAUCAAAGUAUAAAACUACUUUGGUCUGCGUAAAAUUAUUUAGUUGUUAGUCGAUACAUAAAUACAUAAUUAUACAAUAAACUGGGCAACUUGCGAAAGCUAAAAACUGACAAUGGCGAAUCUGACAUAUAUCUUAAUUUUACUAGCAAUUGGAGCAUUUUCUGAAAUAAAUGGUCAAAGGGUGAAACGACAACUAGGAACUGGCGGUCAGGGCGUCAUACGCGGACUGUUAGGCGUACCUCAAAACAACGGGAACAACGGGUUCGGCAACAAUGACGGGCGUGGAAACAAUGGAAACAAUUGGAAUAACGACGGACGUGGAAAUAAUGGAAACUGGAAUAACGACGGCCGUGGAAACAAUGGAAACAAUUGGAAUAACGACGGGCGCGGAAAUAAUGGAAACAAUUGGAAUAACGACGGGCGCGGAAAUAAUGGAAACAAUUGGAAUAAUGGUAAUAGAAAUAACGGGAGGGGAAAUAAUGGAUAUGGCAAUAACGGAUACGGAAAUAACGGAUACCGGGAUGGCAGACAGAAUAACAAUGGAUUUGGUAAUAAUGGAUUUGGCAAUAAUGGCAACGGUUUUAACAAUAAUAGACCUCCAGGCAACAAUGCCCCAAUACUCACAGGGCUGCUGAAUGGUUAAUUUUAACAAGUAUUAAUAUAUAUUUAAUUACAUGUAAUAGCUAAGAAAUGUUAAUCAUAAAACAUCUGAAGGGCAUUUAAUAUGAUAACCUAUUAUUCUCACACAAUGUGUAUAUACUUAUCUUCCUGAUGUCACAUAAAUUAAAUCAAAUCAAAUCCAAACAUUACCUUCAAUUAUACAAUACCUUGAGAAAGGAUUGCAAUUUGUACACUAAAAAAAUUAAGCGAUAUCAAAAAAUGAAUGAAGUACAUCGAAAUUUAAGAAGGUAAACUAAUGAUACGAUAAUACAGCAUAUCAUAGGUUACAGAAUUAUUAAAAAUUGCAUGUGCAUACAUAUAUCACAAAUAACAAAUUGAACAGGUCGAUAAAAAUAAAAACAUAGCAAAUAUGUAAAUAUUGUAAUUUGUUAAAGUUCAAGAUACUAAAAAUUACCUGAACAUUAUUAAAGUAUCAAAAAAGAAGGAUUUAUCACAAAACUCAUGAAAUUGAUGUCAUUUUCCAAAUUUUUCGAAAUGCAUACGCACGCACGGAUCAAGGUCUUGGUUUUGCAUGAGAAGCAAACAAAGACAAUUUCGCUACUGAUUCCGCCAGCGAGGGAAAAACUCUUUUCAAUGCAGAUGUCGAAUCUCGCCUCACAAAAUUUUAAUUUCACAAUUAAAAUUAUUAACUUUCCAUUAGUAAUUUCAAUAAUUAUAAUUAUAUCGUGUUUUCGUAAUACUGCUCACAUAUAGCUUGUCGAUAUUGAAUUCAGUCAACCUUGAUGUAAGAAUUGGUAUUCCAGAUAAGGACACAAUGCCUAAUUCAUUUUGCCUCCUGUGUCUAACUAAUGUGGAUGAUGGUCCGGUCCCGUCGCCGGCCAAAAAAUUACGCAAUUCGAAGAGUAACAAGUCGAGGAGUAUUAAAAUCGGGACACUUUUUGAAUUGAUACGACCAUUUUGGCCACAUCCCAUCAUGAACAAAUAUGAAGAACACGAGACCUGUUCGUUAUGUGGAAAUUGUUCUUUGGCGACUCGGGAGGCGGAAGAAAUCAGAGACCAGAUUUCCAAACUGGAGACUCGCCUUCGUGAAAAAGUCGACACAAUUAAGGGCACAAUUUUGGAUGCUGAAGAUACGAAGGAGAUUGGAAAGAAGGAUUAUCAAGACGAAUUUGACAGGAUUCUAGCCAUUCGUGGUGGUUUAAUGGAUGAAAACAAACUCAAGGACAAAGGUGUAAGGGAGAAGGUCAAAGUGGAACCAGCACAAGAGGAUUUUGAGGACAAUUUCUUAGAUAACAACGACGAUAACAAUGAUCCACCUUUCUCUCCAAGUGGGGACGAUUAUUACACCCACGACAAAGACAGCGACUCAGAUUCAGAUUACUGUAUCAAGCCAGGUCCCUCUUCUCCAAGGGGAUGGUCCCCCAAAAGGAAGAAAUCUUCUGCAAAUAGCCCAUCAAAAAAACAGAAUAACGCCGAUACCGAAUUCACCCCCUCCGAAUCCCCCGUAAAACAAGAAACCACAACAUGCCGUCGAUCCACGAGGUCCACAAAACCAAGAAAGUUUGACAGCCUCGAGAAAUUUUUCGACGACGAUGUUCGCCUCACAAAAACACGUGCAAAAAAACGAAAACUUUCUACCCCUUCGAAACGCUACGUCCCUAAAUAUAAGAAGCCAAACCCCCCAACGGAUUGGAAGUGUCCCAUUUGUGCGCGCUACUCGCUUUCCGAGGAAGACUUGAAUAUCCACCAGGCCCGACUGAAAAGGCCCUGUCCCCUCUGCCCCUCCACCUUCUGCUCAAACAACGACCUACUAGAUCACAUAAAGGAGACCCACGACUCAAAGAGGCCUUAUCGCUGCCAACUCUGUGUGAAAAAGACCACCUUCCGACAUCAUAACGCCCUCGACCAGCACAUGUAUAUGAAACACGAAACUGGCGAGAAGACCCAUACUUGUUCCCAAUGCGACAAGAAGUUCAGCCUCGAAUAUAAUCUCGAACGACACGUGAAACUUCACAAACUCGAAAAGACGCGUCCCUUUGUUUGUGACGUGUGCGAUUCUCGCUACUCCUCCCGCGAAGUUUUAGAAACACAUGAGAAAUUUCAUAUGAAAUUGCGUUGCAAUUUGUGCGAUUUUGAAACUUUCAAGUCAUUCAUUCUAACUAAGCACAAUCGCAUCCACACGGGUGAAAAACCGUUUAAAUGUCCCCACUGCGAAGAAUCCUUCAUUGACAACUAUUACAGGAAGACGCACAUUUUCCGUGUACAUGAGACCACACCAUCACACCAGUGUCACAUCUGUGCUAAGAAUUUCUUCGCCGUGGGACAGCUCAAUGCACACUUGAAAAAACACGAACGAAACCCGGACGAAAAGCCUAGCGUACCGUGUUCCACGUGUGGCAAAGAGUUCAAAACUGUUUUAAAAAUGCAAACCCACCGAGUCCUGAUGCAUGGAGAUGAACCCUACAUUUGUGACGAAUGUGGGGGCAGCUACGUAAGCUUGUCUGCAUUAAGAAACCACAAGAGCAGACACGCGAAGCCUGUCACGACUGAAAAAUUGUUUAAAUGUGAUUUGUGCGAUGCCUCCUUCGUUACAAAGCAGGGUCUCACUGGACACACUCAAACCCACACGAACGAAGUAACAAGACACGAUUGUCCCAACUGCGGGUACUCGUACCGAAGCAAGUCCCACCUCCUGGGGCACAGGAUCCGGAUUCAUAACAUGGUUUACGAGGAGGAAACGACACAUAAGUGUACCACUUGUGAGAAUGGAUUCCCUUCCAAGCGCUUGCUGGAAUGGCAUAUUCGCAAUAUGCACACCGGUGACGGGCCGAAGUUUCCCUGCACCCAUUGUGACGCUGCCUAUGCGGACAGCACGAUGUUGACCUGGCAUAUCAGAGGUCACCACGGCAUCAUGGUGGGUGGACUGAGGAAGCAUAGCAAGACGUGGAAGGUCAAGCCUAAGCAGAAGAAGGGGACGAUUGCGGGGUUAUCAUCUCAUGCUGGUGGAAGCAUUGGAGGCCAACCUGUAGCCAAUAAUUCGACAGAAUCCGUCGUUGUGGAUGAUGCCAUUGUGUGGGGAAUGGAUCACACCUUUUUUGGCUAGGCUGCCUUUUGCUUGAAGACAAGUUUAUUUAAUUAUCAUAGAGUUUUGGGUUAAAAAUGCUUCGAAAUUAUGUUAGGCACAUGAAUUUUAUACCUUACCACGAGGAAAAUUAUAACUUGUACAAUUUUCAUGUAUGUAAUUAAAGACACAUUAUAAAUGUUUACUUUCUCAA